AUGACUUAUGGCAUGUUCAUGGUCGCCAAAAAACUUAAGCACUACUUUGAGGAACACCCGAUGACGGUAGUAUGCGAGGCUCCUAUCUCGGAAAUCAUCAGCAACAAGGACGCAAGCGGUAGGAUCGCAAAAUGGGAAAUCCAGUUAUCACCAUAUGUGGCGCUAUACAAGAGAAGAGAUGCGAUUAAGUCGCAGGCACUGGCAGACUUCUUGGUGGAUUGGGCUGAGAUGCAGUAUAAGCCACCUCUGCCGGAAAUAGAGUAUUGGAGGAUGCACUUUGAUGGAUCAAAGCUCAAGGAAGGACUUGGAGCCGGAGUGGUUCUCACCUCACCAAAGGGGGACAACCUAAGAUAUGUGCUGCAGAUACACUUCAGGGCAUCGAACAAUGUCGCUGAAUAUGAGGCUUUGGUCCACGGACUUAAGGUCGCAAAAGAGGUCAGAGUGCGCCGGAUCAUAUGCUACGGAGAUUUGGAUCUGGUGUUACAGCAAUGCUCCGGAGAUUGGGACGCGAAGGAUGCAAACAUGGCAUCAUACCGGUUCUACGUGCAACAAAUUGUCGGAUUCUUUGAAGGGUGCGAGUUUCACCAUGUGCCGCAGGUAGAAAACGACGUAGCUGACACUUUGUCUAAGCUGGGUUCAUCCAGGCAAGAAAUUCCUCCCGGAAUAGCCCUAUCCCAUCUAAGGAAGCCGUCAGUUAAGCCCAGUCCGGAGUCCGAGUCAAUUUUUGUUCCGGAAUCACAUGUUGUUCCGAUGGACAUUGACAGGGUGAACCCGGGGACUGCCUUGCCAAACCCGGGGACUUCAGAAUCGAAGCCGGAAGAAACUAUUUCGGUGGACUACAUGGUAAUAGAUAUGCCGGUCUUUGUUGUUCGAGAAGCACCAACUUGGGUGAAACCAAUCAAGGAGUUCCUGGUCAAUGGCGGUUUGCCGGCUGACGAAGCAGAGUCGAGAAGGAUCCAAAGAACAUCCAAAGCUUGCACCAUCAUCAAUGGUGAGAUGUACAAGAGAAGCAUAACAGGAGUGCUGCAGCGCUGUGUGGAGCCGGAAGAAGGAAAAGAAAUGCUCCGAGAGAUUCACCAAGGUGAAUGUGGACACCACGCUUCAUCACGAGCCUUGGUUGCCAAAGUAUUCCGGCACGGGUUCUACUGGCCCACGGCUUUGGAAGACGCAGAGGAUAUGGUCCGGAAGUGCAACGGAUGCCAGAGAUACAGCAAGCAAAACCACACCCCAGCCUCCGGUCUAAAAACAAUUCCGAUAACUUGGCCGUUCGCGGUCUGGUGCCUGGAUAUGGUUGGCCCAUUCCGGCCGGCGAGAGGAAACAUGACUCACAUUCUGGUCAUGGUGGACAAGUUUACCAAGUGGGUGGAGGUCAAACCAAUCCGAAAGUGCGAUGGGCACACGGCCGUGAAGUUUCUGAAGGACAUCAUCCUGCGGUAUGGUUACCCGCACAGCAUUAUCACUGACAACGGCACAAAUUUUGCCAAGGGAGAAUUUUCAUGGUUCUGUGAGGAUAACAAAAUCCGGCUUGAUAUUGCCUCUGUGGAUGAGAAGGAAGGAAAGAAGGACACAUCAGGUGAGGAAACAAAGCGACCGUGGAAUGUAGCCCUUCUUCGCCCUUUCUAUUCCUGA